CACAGAAAAAAAAAUUGGAAGAAGAGAGAACUUCUCUGGGAGACAGACAUUAGGAUUACUUUGCAUAGAAAUAUUUCUCAUGUUUUGUUCUGACAGUAUUCCCAGUUGGACAGAAAGCACCUGAGUCUGCUUGGAUCAUGAGGAAGACAAAGCAUUCCUGGGCAGCCUUUGUGGGACAAGGAAACAAGAAGAGAGAGAAAAUGACUGGGGAAAAUGCAAGAAUAUUGCCAAAGGCCACACAUGAGGAGAGAAAGAAGCAGGAGGUGAAGAGGAAAGGGAAAUUGAAAACUUUGGCAGGCAAAUUGCUGAAGACUGUGGUUGGUGGGAAGGAGACAGUGGAGAAGGCUGGUGCUGAGGAUGUGGCAGGGAAUUUGCUGAAGAGGCCAAUCAGUAGGAAAGGAGUGGAGAAAGGGAUGCCUGCAGAGGAAACCAUCUGCAGAUUCAUUGAACAAGGAAAGUUUUUGGAAGCUUGUGAUCAAAUUCAUAAUCUGGAGCAUUCUGGAAAUGAUGGUUUGGGAAAGUCUGAAUCCCUUUAUGCACUGCUGGCUGAACGAAUGUGGACUGUAGUGGGAGAAGCACUCAGUGGAAGUGAUAGGAUGCUCCUGGAGCCAUUGCAGUCAGUGGGGGAAUCACUGAAGUGGGAGAGGCAGAAGGAAGCAGAGUGGCUUGGCAAUGGCCUAGAGACGGAGUCUGUUUCCACCUGGAGCCCGAACUUCUGGAGAAAAGAUCUGGAGGAAAAGCUAACGCAGUGCAUGACUGCCCAGAUUCCCCUGUUUGCUUCCUCUACUAACACAGAUGAGACUGCACUAAAACAGCACCUCAGUCACCUGGAAACAACAUUUCUCCCCAGCCUGGAGAACAGAAGCAAUGUCUUCAAGGAAGCAGGACUGCUCGUCACCUAUGCCCGCUGCUGUCACGCUUCUCUAUGUUCUCACCUUGCCACACUUACUGACAGUCACUGUUUUAGCUUCAGCCAAAUUCUUUUAAUUUAUGAAUGGAGCAUUAAAAUGUACAAAAGUGGCAGCCAGGCAUGUGUGAGACCUGGGCACAUCCCCCAGCACAGCCUUUCCCUUGGUGCACAGUGCUUCGUGUGGAUUCUUUUGAAGACUGAGGAAAAGUUGCUUGCAAUCGCACGGACGGAAGUAGGGAAAGCAUUGAAAGAAGCCUUUGAUAUCAGGAAACCCCCUUGUGCAGACGCUGCAGUCAUUGAGAUACUAACAGAGAAGACAGAAGCUGCCAGGCAAGUCAGCGAGAGCCUGAGUGAGAAGGUGGAAGCCGAGUGCCUGGAGGAGUGCCUGAGGUUCCUGGAGAGCUAUGAAGAUGAAGUAAGAAGCUUUCUCCAGCUUGAUGGUUGCCCACAGAUCUGCAGCAGCUUACAAAUCCUGGAGAAUUGCUGCCUUCUCAGAACUGUCUGGCAUAAGCUAACAUACAUUUGCAGUGUAAGUACUGACCAGAAUGUUAAGGUAAAUGGAUUCCUACACAGGAUGGAAGAUGACAUUAUGGAGCAUUUUCUGCAGACCAUCACUUCUAAAGUCAAGGGAGCACUGAAGGCUUACUUCAAAAAGUGUGACAGUGAUUUUGACUGCAUCCUUGAAACCUUAAAGCAAAGCUUUUUGACCUUCAGGAAGAAAAAAACAGCUAUAUAUGAGGCCUUCAUCGAGGCUGUCAAUGCCAUCAUUGUCACAGAAUACAUGCAGGCCCUCCUGACCACUCCCAGGAAACCAUCUGCUAUGCAGAGGAGGAGGAUUGUCAACAAAAUAGAAGAAGAUCAUAGGAUGAUGCAAACCAUCUUUAAAGAGUGCUUAGGUCCUGCAGCUGGUUCUCUCAAGGAUCCCAUAAAAGCAAUUUUAGACCUUAUUCAAACUUCAGAUCCUGAGGGGAUGAAAAUAGCACUUCUGCCCAUUCUAAAAGAAUUUCCUGACCUCAGGAAGGAACAUCUGAGUGCAGUGCUGGACAUCAAAGAUUCGCUCAGCCGAGAAGACAGAGCUGCUCUCUUGAAGGCAUUUCGUGAUAAUUGCAGGGAAUCAGAAACAGAAGCAAACUUGCUUUUUGCAGAUAUAGAAGUAAAACCUAGAAAAUAUGGACUCUGUGGGUGCCUCUGCUGUUAGCAAAGGCCUGCUGGGAGAAACAUGAGGCCUUGCUCCCCUGUGCCAGUGUCUGCAACCACAGCUCCUUGAAAGCUCCACAUGCAGCUGGAUGCAUGGAGAAGCCUGUCAGCCAUGGAAGACAAAAUUCCUGCACUUUUGCAGGAAACCCGUAUGGCUGAAGUCCUAAUCUUAUAUGUAAAGUCCAGGAGGAAGAUGAAUGGGAUAUGGUAGAAAGACAUUUCUUCAAAAUUUCCUAGAGAUUGUCA